CUUGCCUACCAUGAGGGAUCUAUUCGCAGGACACUGAAAACAAUUAAAUUUUGUCGGCAGCCACCCGUAGCCAUGGUUCAGCUUCUUCCUCUUCAACCUGGACCAUCCGGUGUUGGCUGACCCAUAUUGCCUCCUGGACAGCAUGACCCUCCUUGUCGGCCUAGCUCGUCAAACAUCCCACCUUACAAGAAUGAACAGCCCACGAACAUUCGCAACAGCAAGGCCCCUCCUGGCACAGCCUGUAUCUAUACAGGCCACCUUGGCAGAAAGAUCUCAGGGCAGACUCAGCGAACAGAAUCUCGAGAGGGCAGUCCGACAAGUCCGCCAUGACGGGCUUGUCGUCGUCCAAAAUGCCAUUGACACUGAUGUUCUCCGCAAGUUGAACGAGAAAAUGGUCAAGGAUGCAUUGGAACUGCGGUCGCGUGGGCAGAACAGUCCGUUCAAUUAUAACCAAGGAAAUCUGCAACAGGAUGCGCCUCCCGUGAGGGAAUACUUCCAUCCAGACAUCUUCCUGAAUCCAAUUGCCACCCAGAUAACAUCCGCCGUGCUCGGCCCCCGUCCCAAAUUGACCUUUUGCUCUGGUAACUCAGCUAUGCCCCCCAGUGCAGGCUCCCCUCCCGAGAGACAACCAGUACACUCGGACGCAGAUUUCGCACACCCUGAUCACCCCUUCGCAUUGGUGGUCAACGUCCCGCUGAUUGAUAUGAAACCCGAGAACGGGUCCACCGAAGUUUGGCUGGGUACACAUAACAACUUUGGGAUUGAGGCACAAGAAGGGGCACACGGCGAGCGAGCCUCGGGGAGAAUCCGUGCACCUUUGUUAGUAGACAGGUCCAAAACGAAUCCUCCCAUUCAGCCAUAUAUUCCCAGCGGCAGUGUCAUCAUCCGCGAUCUGAGACUCUGGCACGCUGGUAUGCCAAACACAACGUCAGACGUGAGAAUCAUGCUGGCGAUGAUCCAUUUUGCUCCUUGGUAUCGCAAUCACAUGAGGCUGGAGCUCGCCGAAGAGCUAAAACCGAUCGUGGACAGCGUACCGGAUCUGGACAUCAGGGCCGACUAUGUAAGCGAAGAAGAGGCGUUGAAAAGAUACCUCAAUCGAGGAUUUGGGAACAGCUACGACUUUGGGCAAAGCCCAUAGGCAUAGGUCGGCGAGGCUGUUCUUGAGAACUCAGAGCCAUGUUAGGAGGCCUAGACAUUUUUCAUGCAUCCUUGUUGAUCUUGUACCCAGGGUUGAUGCCGCCUGCUUGUACAAUAAUAAACGCGCGCAUCCACUGUCGAUAUGUCAUUAAAGAACACCUCA